CCUCGAAGAAUUCGUACACUGAGGUACACAACAGUGCAGUGCCGAUGUCCCCACCCUUUGAAAGGUCAGUCGUCUUUCUUUUAUUGUGAACACACUCAUUGUACACUUCUAAAUAGUAAAAGCCGGUUACCGGUAUCCAGCUGUCAAACGCUAUCAUAACACGGAAGUGUUCGACCGGAAGUUUAGACGCGCAUACAAGUAACAGCGGAAGUAGAAUUUACGGUUACCGUGCAACGAGGCUAUGCAACAGGCUACGAGCACAAUGGAACUUCCGGCUAACUUCCGUGUGUUGCGUGUACGCUCGACAACUUCCGGUAGGUCGUGUUGUUGUGGUGAUUUCCCGGAGAUGCUAGUUUCAAGUUGGUGAGUAAUAGAGUAAAAUGUAGUACAAUGAGCGGAUUUUGGAUAAAAGAGAGAAGGAUGUCGUAUCAACGAGUCAAAAAGUCGGCCCUACAUUGUUGUGUACCCCUUUGUACAAAUUCGUCUCGGUACAAUAGUACUAUUAGCUUCCAUAGCUUUCCGGUUGAUGUGUCUGUGCGAGCCGAAUGGAUGGUGAAGGUACAGCGGGACGACUUCAUACCAAGCAAGGUUACUCGUGUUUGCAGCAGGCAUUUCAUAAAGGACGAUUUUGUUGUCAAUCCGGGGAAAUUGAGGAGGUUGAAGAAAGGGACCGUCCCUGCUCUUUUUGCUUGGAAUAACUUUCAAGUACCAACACCGAGGGCGAGCGUCUGGGAGCGGAGACCCAGAGCUGAGAGCCCUCCUCUUGUCGACCCAGAAGAAGAGAUGGAGGUGGCUCCCCUCGCACCGGAUCAUGAUUAUUGUUUAACUCAAACAACAGCUAUGAUCGCGGAUCAGUUGGCCGAGGAGAAUGAAAGUCUUCACCAGAAAAUGAAGGAGAUGGAGCUGCAAAUUGAGGCUCUCCAGCUGCGGAGUUGUUUCGGAUUGAGGCGAUAUGCCGGGUCAGACGAGGACAUCCGAUUUUAUACCAGAUUCCAUUCUUAUGACCACCUGAUGGCAUUCUGGAGGCUCAUCGAGCCAGCAACAUCAAGGAUGAUCCGUGUGACAAGUGCCAAAGAAACAUCGGUCUGUGUGGCAGAGAAGAAAACAUCCCAUAAAUCAACCAAGUUGCUGCCAAUAGAUGAGCUAUUUCUUUUUCUAAAUUAUUUAUCAACUGAAUGCACACAGAGAGAGCUUGGCCACCAAUUUCACAUCCAUCGAACAACAGCCAGCAGGAUCAUCACAACCUGGGCCAACUUUCUAUACUGCAUACUGGGAGCUGUGUGUAUCUGGAUGACCCCUGAGGAGAUAAAAGCCAACUUACCUCCUGAGUUCAAGGAAUAUGCAGACACUCAGGUCAUUGUUGACUGCACAGAGCUGCGGUGCCAAACUCCAUCCUCACUUAUGCUACAGAGUGAGGUGUAUUCACAUUACAAAUCGCACUGUACCUUCAAGGCCAUGAUUGGCAUGGCACCACAUGGUCCUCUGACAUUUGUUUCUGCGCUCUAUGGGGGCUCUAUCAGUGAUCGUGAGCUCUUUAGACUGUCAGGCAUCAUACCUCUCCUCUCCCCUGACAUGGCUGUAAUGGUGGACUAGGGCUUCAGGGUGGACAAUCUUGUGGCAGGAAAACUGCACAGGCCUGCCUUCCGCUCCAACAAGGAGCAAAUGGCAGCACAGGACGUCCUGGAGACACAGUCAAUCGCAUGGCUGCGAGUUCACGUCGAGAGGCUAAUAAGGCGGGUCAAAGAAAACAAACUUUUUGAUACUGUAAUCCCUUUGUCGAUUUGUGGGAGCAUUAACCAGCUUUUCACCGUAGCUUGCAUCUUGUGCAAUUACCAAAAUGGACCUCUGGUUAAAGAAUGGAGAAAACAUAAUUGCCAGGUAGAAAUUUGACUGUUUGCUUCAUGGCUGUCUGCUCCUCUUUUAUUUAUUUGACAAACAAUAUACUGAUUCACACCACAAUUUUGUUUUGCCUUACAUAUACUGACUUGUAUUUUACUUAAAUUAUUUAUUUGAAAUCUAUAUCAACUUUAUUUCCCUUCAUUUCCCUCAAGUGGUCCUCACACAUAUUGAAUAUUGGUUUAAAAUCUAGCAAUACAUUGGUGUGUACACUUUAAGUGAAGUGGUCAAUCCUAAACAUUUUACAACUCCAUAAAUAAACUUAAAACAACCCACUUGAAGGCCUCACAUUAUAAUGAGAAAUCAACCAGAACAAGACAUUUCUAAGAAUUCAUUGUUUACUGAUCAUACAACAGAUAUUUAUGUAGGUAUGUGUAGAAAAAAAAGAAGUCUGCUCUCUCUCUUAUUUUUUGUAUCACAUCACUGUCCCUGUAUAUUCUUUGAAUCAGGGUGUCUUCCUCCGCAAACACCACAAAAUCGCACCACUCCAUCCCCGUUAGGAGCAGCUGACCCUGCACCUGCCAGUAGUAGCCAUGACCUGGCUUCAAUUCCAGGUUGCUGUCUUUCAUUUUCAGAUGUGGAUAAUCCACAUAGCUUUUAAUGUGUGGACAUUUUAUUUCCACAAGGCCGAAUUCAGAACACUCUGUUGGGUCAAAGACAACCCCAUCUGGGGAUGUGCCUAACCAGGGUGUGUCAGGGUGUAUAACAAAACCACAAGGGUAGUGGUUCACCCUCUUGAGCUGGCAAUACUCCUCGAUGGCAUCAUCUUCCAUUUCGAGACCCCUCUUCAUUGCUGCUGUCUGACGGACCCCUUUGAGCAACCGGUCAGCCAUCUUUUCUAAGGUGCAAGGUUUUGCAUGGCAUAUUUCCCCAAAAUGUGAUGAGGUGAGUCUAGGUUUUCUCAGUCUAUGCCAGUCUGUAGAUGCACUUUGGCCCCUAGUUGCACCCUCUAUGUUCUUAGCCAUUUCCCAGGUAACCUCAAGUGACUUGAAGUGCAGCUGUUGAUGCUCAGAGAAAACAGACAUAAAGCACAAUGUUUCCAGUCUGCAGCCAGCCAAUGGCAAAUCUGGACGUGGUGGAGCAUCAGGGUGAGCAACAGAGCGACUUCUUGCCAUGGGUUGUUGAUAUGAAAGAGGACUACCUACUUGUACCAAACCCAGUGCACAGUUCACCAGUGGCACCUCACAGGUGAUACCCAUUGUACAAAUGGUUGGUGCAGAAACAGGGGUGAACUCUUUGUAGAUCUCUGACACUUUGAGAACAGACAGGUCCAGCAACUCUCCACUGGUGGCUUUGUACAGUGUGGACCUAUAUGAAAAUUGGAUAAACAUCAGUAAGAUACAUCAUGUAAUAACUAAACAUAACACAACUACAGUUUUCUUGAUUGGUUGAGAAAAGUAGGCCUAACAAAUUACUUAAAAGGCUACUAACUAGAAAACAAAUUCUCACCUUACUCCCUCGGCCAUGGUCCUCUGCUUUGGUUUGGCAGACAUCACAGCCAUCUUUUCGAUGGGACCUGGUUUAAUACCCUGUGAAUAUAGGUCACAAAUAGCAGGGAUGAGCUUAUGAUGUCGGUGGGUAGAUGUAGUAUUGUAAUUAUAGUUACAUUAUUCCGAGACUUGCCAUGGCUCUUGGCUUGUGCCACUGUUGUUCACUCUCCGUACAGCUCAGCACUGGUGGAACCAGAGGUCGCGUUAACCGACAAAUGUCCGUCAUUGACGGAUAUUUUUUAGCUAUGACGGAAAAAUCUGAAGGCCGUCCGUCAUUUUGACAGAUUUUUACAAUGAUCAUUACCAAUAAUAAACACAACAAUAAAAAUCACAAUUGAAAUACCAGGCAAGUUGUGACAGUUUUCUUACUCUGCAUAAGCUUCAUUGCCGACACCAACUUUCAAUCUGAGCCGACGUUACGGCUGUUCUGGUGUUCAGUGGGUCGAUACAUUGUAGCCAGCUGCGCAAGUUCAGCUCCAUCGCACUCAAAGCCAUGCUCCGAUUUAAAACCAUUAGCGGUCUGUGCCAUUAGCACAGUCUGAGAUGUAGCCUAUGGCUGCAGUAGUGUAGGCUAUCUACCUGUUUCAGUGGGCUGUUUCCCCUUCUCAAUCAUCUGCAGAAAGCAUGUGGGCGUAAUUUUGCUAUUUAAAAGAGAUGCAUUGAGUCGUUUGUGUCACUUCGCUGUCUCCUGUACCGCAUGCAGAGGGAUUUUCUCCCGAUGAAGAGAGUGCUGGCAGGGUCGGGAAAUCCCUCGUUCAGGGGCUCCUGUCGGCUGCUCAUCACUUCGCUAGGGGAAAUGUUUCCCGAUUUUAGAGCGUUGGCUGAGGUGGCGCUGGUUAUCCCAGUGUCUAGUGUUGCAGCUGAGCGGGGGUUCAGCCUUCAAAAUAAAAUAAAAACCGCCACGAGAAGUCGUCUGUCGGAGGCAAAGGCGCAGCAUUUAAUGUCAAUCGCCUCGGCAGCAGAAUCCAUUGACACUUUUGAUUACACGCAGGCAAGCGCACUGUUCAAAUCCAUGCGGCCAAGAAGGAAAGUUUGAGCUGCUUGAGCUGUUUGUAUUUUCACUAUAAUUGACUUCGUUCGGCUAAAAUAGCCCAUCGUUCUAAGGCACAGCCGCUAUGUUUUCACAGCUGAAAAAGUUCUGAUCGUCAGAAAAGAAAUGCAUAAUAAAUAAUUAUUAUUAAAA